AUGGUCGAACAGACGCUGAUUGGGCCCGAGACGCAGCGCCGGUUAAAGGAUCGGGUGUUUGAAGAUAUCCGCCUCACAGUAGGACCCACGGAUAACGUCACAAAAGAACAUCUUCAGUCAAUGACAUACCUUGACCAAUCGUACAAGGAAACUCUGCGAUGGGCAGUUAUAAUACCUUACGUCCUUAGAGAAGCCACACAGAAUGUCAAACUGAGCAACUGCACUAUCCCUGCUGGAAACUCUGUGGUUGUAUGUCUAAUUGGACCAUUGAAGGACCCUAAUAUUUAUCCGAACCCGGACCAGUUUGACCCUGACCGUUUCUCUGUCGGCAACACCACCCCUACCAGUCGCGAUGCAUUCAUCCCCUUUAGUUCCGGCAGCAGAAUGUGUAUUGGAAAGACCUACUCGGAUCACCUAGUCAACAUAAUACUUGUCCAUAUACUGCGUAGGUUCAGAGUGACUACGGAUAUGGACAUUUACAAUGUCAAGAAGUCUGGCUAUAACACUAGUCAACACAGAAGGCUAUUUUGUAGAACUGCAUGA